UCAUUCGGUUCGGUUUCGGUUUAGUCAUCGGUACUCUCGCAGUUGCAAGUGCUAACGGUACACGACGGAACCUUUUUUUUUCUCUGCCUUCCCUUUGCCCUUUACUCGGUGGCCAUUAGCAAGUGAUUAGUGAUGUGUAAUUCUGCGCUGUCCUAGUUUGACGGGGCGUCGCAAAUUUAGGCUAUCAUUUCGUGAUAUUUGCGUGCAAACGUCGAAACGGGUUCGGUUCGUCCGUUCCCCCGGGGCAGGACGCCACCUCGGAAAAGAGUAUUCAUUUUUCUAGCGCCUACUUGAGUUUCAGAAGUUGUUUGUUGGUAGUGAUAAAGGAUGCGGUAUGACAAAGGCGGGGGAGAUUGAGUGAAUAGUGGAAGAGCCGUUAGCUAGUGUGUCGAGUGGAAAUGAGAAGAAAGUACCCACGUCAAAAGUGCAUAUCAGCAGAGUCAUGCAGUCGAGCGCAGAAGCGAAUACAUCAGCAACGUCGGCCGAAAGCAGUGCAUAAGCGGCCGAAAGUUUUGACCCAACUGUGAUAGUGGAACGCCGGACGCCGGAACGGAAGUGAUUGAUAGAGUGAAACGAAGAUAGCACAACAAAGUUAGGCAGUGGUGAUUGACGCGGUCAAGAUUGAUCACACUCGAACAGAACAACAUUUAGCUGCAAGGCAGACUAGACUGCCCUAGCAAGAAAGAUGACGGUGGAUUUUAACGAUUAUUUUUGGGGUGAGAAAAACAACGGCUAUGAAGUACUGUACCAGAAUAUGAAAUAUGGCCUUUCGGCUACCAAGGAGUUGGCCGAGUAUUUUCGCGAACGGUCCAACCUGGAAGAGUACAACUCAAAAUUGUUGGCCAAGUUAGCGAACAAAGCGGGUUCCAGCGGAGGAGGCACAUUUUCACCACUAUGGAUUAUAUUGAAAUCCACAACGGAACGCCUCUCGGAACUUCAUUCCGCGAAGGUACAGAAGCUGAGCGAUCUGGUGAAAAAUAUCAACAAGUAUGCCGAGGAACUGCACAAAAAGCACAAAACCGUCAAGGAGGAAGAGUCCAGCACUCAGGAUGCGGUACAGGCCAUGAAGGAGUCCACAACGGCCGUGGCGAAAGCAAAGGACGUUUACAACACCCGGCUGCAGGAGGUAGAAAAAGCCCGAAAGGACAAUUCGACGAAGGAAAUCGAAAAGUCCGAAGCCAAGCUGCGCAAGCAGCAAGACGACUACAAAGCCCUGGUGGAGAAGCACAACACGGUCAAGCAGGAGUUCGAGAAGAAAAUGACAAUAACUUGCAAGCGCUUUCAGGAGAUCGAGGAAGCCCACCUCAAGCAGAUGAAAGAAUUCCUCUCCUCAUACAUGGAAAUAGUUCAAAACAAUUUCGAUCUGGUUGGACAGGUCCACUCGGAUUUGAAGCGCCAAUUUCUCGAGCUAACGGUAGACAAACUGCUAGAGCAGUUUGUCCUCAACAAAUACACUGGACUGGAGAAGCCAGAGUUUAUUGAGCUUGAUUUGGUGAACUUGUCCGGCGGUUCCCUAACAACUAACAGUCAGUUGCUAAUCAACACCUCGACCCCGAAUGCGUCCGGCUCGGGUGUAGGAUCGACGGCAGCCGGAGGCGCUACCGGAGGAUCUGUUACGGACUCACCAGCCUUGUCGACGACAAGCUCGUCCCAGCCGGUACCGAUCAUCAAGAAGGAGAGCAAUCUCCGCAGUUGGUUCACGUCCAGUUCCAGCGCUGCAGUGCCCACCAACUCUCCGGUGAAUAUUCCGACCUCGCCUGCUCCAUCUGCCGGUGGACGGAGCAGUCUGUUCGAUAAUAUCGGAGGUAGUACAGAUCGGCCGAUGUCUCCGGUGUCUACAGCGGCUGUUUCGGUCACGGCGACGGGAGAAUCAUCUGCGUCCAGUUCGGCCCAAAGUACGGCUAAGACAAUUUCCGGCUUUCUGCGUAGCAGACGGGAGAAGGCCAAGUCCAAAAAGACCAAAAAGAAAAAGGAUUCGGUCGAAAAUUCCAGUGCCAAAGAUGAGAAAAUCUCCGACGCCGAGGAAAAGGAUGAUGCGGUGAAAGCAGCGGAAGCUGCUAGCAAUUUGCAGACAACGUCUGCGGCCAGCACCGGGAAUGUGGCACCGACGGCAACUCCCGAAGUCGAUGAGGACGGGUACAGUAUACAGCCACGGGAUGCCACCUGGGACAGUGCCACGAUAACGGAGAAGAGCAACAACUUCUACUCAAGUUCGGACAGCGACAGCGAGGACGAACGAGGUGAUCGGAAGAUUCACGUUGAAAUUAAACCGCUGAACAAUGGAGCCGCGCCCAUCUCGGCCAGCGUGGACGAAUUACGCGCAACCGUAGAGAAUCUGUCGCUUUCGCCAAUUGGAGCACUCUCGACGCAUCAUUACCACUCGUCGUCGAACGCGUCGUCGGUUCACCCGGUGGCGACGGCCCGCAAUGGCCACGGUCAGCAGCUCGGCGGUACCGGCAGCCAGUCGGCUGGGUUGUUGAACAACCACACCCAUCUCACUAGUCCCAACGCGUCGAACGCUUCGACACCGACGGCGGUCCACCCGUACGCACCGCUGCAGAGCCCCACACUGUCGAUGUCCACCGCUUCCAAUAAUCGAUAUGCCGAUCUAGGAGAUAUUUUCUCCGAGGUGGGAGAUAUCAGUUCCUCGGCACCGGCAUCCGCAAAUCUUACCAAACUGACACAGCGACAAAUUCCGACUCCUACAUCAGCCGGCGGUAGCAGUAUAGCCAUUCCUAGGCCACCAUCCCGAAGAUCUGAAGCCGCUGUGCGCGGCAGGAUAAGUCCCGCUUCGCAGAUUGCUCGUGCCGACAGCGUCGGAAGUUUAGAGUUCCGCAGUCCAAGCGUAGGAAUUGGAUCAUCCAGGGGACCGUCUCCGCUCACCAUCGGUAUGUCGGACACGAUCCCACUGGCUGUUGCCUUCCAUGAGAUCAUCCAUGCCUACUUCAGAGGCUCCGACGAAUCCCGAUGCCAGGUGAAAAUGUCCGGUGAAAUGAUGCUGUCCUUCCCGGCCGGCAUAGUUAACGUACUGGCCAACAAUCCGAACCCAGCGAAGCUGGGCUUCCGAGUGAAAAACUUACAGAACAUGGAAAACAUACUGCCAAACAAGCAGUUCAUAACAAUCGACAAACUGCAGUCGACCGCUUUCAGCACCACGCUGGAAUUCAACAUGCCAGUAUUAACGUCCAUUCUGCGGCGUCAGUCGGAGCAAAAUCCGACCGCACCGUACUUCAAUGUUGAUAUUCUAAAGUAUCAGAUCAAAUCCAAACCGGGUGCCGCGUCCUGUCCGUUUCAGCUGGUUUCCUACUGGAAGUGCGAGCAGCGGCACACGGACAUCAAGAUCGAUUACAAGUACAACAACCACGCGAUGGCCGUCGCUUCGCCGCUGCUGAAUGUUUCCAUAUCGGUUCCAGUCGAUGGGAGCGUUAAGAAUGUACAAUCGAAACCGCAUUCCGCCUGGCAGGGUGAAUCGAACAGAUUGGUAUGGAACUUUACCGAUAUUUCACAACAUUCGGACAACGGCGGUAUAGACACGCUUCGAGCUCGUUUGGAGGUUGGCACAGGACCUUCGAAUCCGGCAAUCAUUUCAACGCAGUUCAACUGCGAAGGCACAACACUGUCCGGUAUUGAGUUCGAACUCGUUGGCACAGGGUACAGGCUGUCGCUGGUAAAACGACGGUUCGUAUCAGGAAAAUACAUUUGUGAAGGUGACGGUGUGAGAGGCUUGAAAACGCCAACUCCUCCGAAUGCUGGCAUUCUUUCGCCCAGUCCGUACAGUGCCAAAUCGGUUGGCUCCGGUGGAUCGGGAUAGCAAAAGCUGUACUUCUUUGACUAGAGCUGACCGCACCAACCGGCUGAACGGAGCUGACCAGUUGCUGCGGAUUCGGCGUUGUUUUUGCUACUGGAACGUAAAAUGUGAUUGGUAUGUGUUUCGUAUCUUUUUCUUUUUAGUAAUGGAGAGAAAAACACAUGUGACGGGAAAAUCGAAUCAUACAAUUAUUUACUGGUAAUGCACCUUAAACUAUUACUGACUAGACUAUUGCUUAGUAUUGACAGGAUAAGUGGGUGGGGUUAGCGAACCCCGCUGUUUGAAAUGUUUUACUCUCGCGUUUCGAGAACAUAGAACAUGUUGCCUUUUUCAAUAUCGUUAUAGCAGGAAUUCCAUGGAACCUUUAUUAGAGUAUAGAGCCGAAGACUAUACAGAAUGUAUGCGGAAGCGCCAUUGUUAGCUAUUCUAGUAGAAUACCUUUGUAAAUACUCAAUAGAACUGAACUAGAUGGAAGAACAUUUGAUCUUAUUCUCAUAAUUACUAACAUUUCCAUGCUUUUCCAGUAAAUUAAUAUCUGAAUUUGUAUAAAAAAAGUACGUGUAAAUAAGAUACGAAAGCAGAAAACAAACUAUUCGAAUGGAAGUUCUUUUACUGUUGCAGAGUUGCCGUAGGCUAGUGCAAACGAUUAAGCAUAAAACACAUUCGGUCACUUUUUUGAGGCAAUUUCCGAUUCGAACGAAAGUAUUUUUCCUUAUUGUUACGCUAAUUGAUUCAUUCACUGUCCGGGCAGCGUUUCGGCUUGACCCAUUUGGAUGUGGAAAAGCAGCAAAAAAAAAUUCAGUGAACAGAAUCGAACAAAUACUGGGCAAACAAAUGAUACUAGUUGAUAAUGAGUAGAAGCAAGAAAGAGAAAGAGGGAGAGGGAAAAA